AUCCGAGAUUCUAAUUGCAACUAUGAGGCCUUUAUGAACAUUAUUAAAUUAAGUGACAAUAUUGGAGAGCUAGAAGCAGUAAGAGAUAAGGCAGCAGAAGAAUUACAGUAUCUUAGAUCUCUAGAUACAGCUGGUGAUGAUAUCAACACUAUCAAAAAUCAAAUAAAUAGCUUAUUAUUUGUAAAGAAAGUAUGUGACUCAAGAAUACAACGGUUGCAGUCAGGCAAAGAAAUAAAUACUGUGAAACUGGCUGCAAACUUUGGGAAACUUUGCAUAAUUCCCUUGGACAGCAUUCUUGUAGACAAUGUUGCACUACAAUUUUUUAUGGAUUACAUGCAGCAAACUGGAGGUCAAGCACAUCUUUUCUUCUGGAUGACAGUGGAAGGAUACCGAGUUACAGCCCAGCAGCAGCUAGAGGUUUUAUCAAGUCGUCAGAGAGAUGGAAAACAUCAGACCAACCAAACCAAAGGUCUUUUAAGAGCAGCUGCUGUUGGAAUUUAUGAACAGUAUUUAUCAGAGAAGGCAUCUCCAAGAGUUACUGUUGAUGACUAUUUAGUAGCAAAAUUAGCAGAUACUUUGAAUCAUGAAGAUCCAACCCCUGAAAUCUUUGAUGACAUUCAAAGGAAGGUAUAUGAAUUGAUGCUACGAGAUGAAAGAUUUUAUCCUUCCUUCAGACAGAAUGCACUCUAUGUGCGCAUGUUAGCUGAGCUGGAUAUGUUAAAAGAUCCUAGUUUCAGAGGAUCAGAUGAUGGGGAUGGAGAAUCUUUUAAUGGAUCUCCUACAGGAAGCAUAAAUUUGUCUUUAGAUGACCUUUCAAAUGUAUCUUCUGAUGACCCAGUACAACUUCACGCUUAUAUUUCAGAUACUGGCGUUUGUAAUGAUCAUGGCAAGACAUAUGCAUUAUAUGCCAUCACUGUACAUCGGCGCAGUCUAAACAAUGAGGAGAUGUGGAAAACCUAUCGUCGUUACAGUGACUUCCACGAUUUCCACAUGAGAAUCACUGAACAGUUUGAAAAUCUAUCAAGCAUAUUGAAGCUUCCUGGUAAAAAAACUUUUAAUAAUAUGGAUAGAGAUUUUUUAGAAAAGAGAAAAAAGGAUUUAAAUGCAUAUUUGCAGUUACUGUUAACACCUGAAAUGAUGAAAGCUUCCCCAGCUUUGGCUCACUGUGUGUAUGAUUUCCUUGAGAACAAAGCCUACAGUAAAGGGAAAGGGGAUUUUGCUCGCAAGAUGGACACUUUUGUAAAUCCCCUUCGCAAUUCUAUGAGGAAUGUUUCAAAUGCAGUUAAAUCCCUUCCUGAUAGCUUGGCAGAGGGAAUGACUAAAAUGUCAGACAACAUGGGCAAAAUGUCAGAAAGAUUAGGUCAAGACAUAAAACAAUCAUUUUUCAAGAUGCCUCCUUUAAUUCCAAAGACUGAUUCAGAUCCUGAACAUUGUCGAGUCUCAGCUCAACUUGAUGAUAAUGUGGAUGACAAUAUUCCACUUAGGGUAAUGCUGCUUCUCAUGGAUGAAGUAUUCGACUUAAAAGAGAGAAAUCAGUGGUUGCGAAGGAAUAUCAAAAACCUACUGCAACAACUUAUUAGAGCUACAUAUGGCGAUACUAUUAAUAGAAAAAUAGUUGAUCAUGUUGAUUGGAUGACCUCACCCGAACAAGUAGCUGACUCAGUGAAACGUUUCAGAGAUGCAUUUUGGCCAAAUGGCAUUUUAGCAGAAACUGUUCCAUGCAGAGAUAAAGCUAUCCGAAUGAGGACAAGAGUUGCAGGAAAAACUAAAUUACUUGCAAUUAUGCCAGAUGAACUGAAGCACAUUAUUGGAGCUGAGACAACACGGAAAGGUAUUCUUCGUGUUUUUGAAAUGUUUCAGCACGACCAGUUAAAUAGAAGAAUGGUUUAUGUCUUCUUAGAAGGCUUUUUAGAAUCCUUAUUUCCGCAGUAUAAAUUCCGUGAACUUUUCAACAGACUGCAUUCACGGUCAAAGCAGAUGCAGAAAUAUAAACAGAAACUUCAAACUACUCAAGCGCCUUCUUUACAGAAAAGGUGACACUCCAAUCUAUGAAGCUGGUGUUCAUUUUGUCCAGGACUAAUGGUAUGGACAGAUCUUCUGGGGCUUAACUCAUAUACUCUUGUGACUGCACUAGUCUUUUAGUGUCUCAAAAUAGAUUAUUAAUACAUCCAUAAGACUGUGGUUCUUCUCAUCCUCAUCUGUAAUCCGGCCACUACCAAGAAAGAUUUCCGUGUCUUAAAUGAUUUGGUGCAUAUUUUGCAACAUUGAAAGGAUACUGCCCCCAUCUCAAGCAAGAGUGAUGUUGAUCUCUUCCGUUUCAAACUAAUCAGCAUUCUUCAGCAAUGACAAAGUGCCAGAGUGUAUAUAUGAGAGCUAAGGAAAGCACAAAACAAUGGUUCGCAGAAAAAUUGACUAAUUUGUUUAGCCGUUGGAGACUGUGCAGUGUAUGAUUUGGAGGAAUUUGUUUUGCCUAAUGUUUUUGUAGGUCUGUGUCAGCAUUUUGAUGCAGUGUGGAUUAGCCAGGUGAAUGAUCUUUGGAACAUCAGUUUCAGGUCUGGGGAAAGUGACAGAAUGCCCUUAAAGUAUGAAAUGACCUCAUACCCGAAUUAUAGUUUUGUUACAUAAAAUAAAUCUGAGCAUAAAAUAAAACCAAUCAAAACAGAAUUUGAUUGGAUUUGUUAUUUAUUAAUAUAAAACAGAUUUUAAUUGAUUCUUAUGUGCUUUAAGGGCUCUGUUUUGCUCUUAUGGUACGCAAUUAUAAGUUUUCUUUUGGCAUUCUUUGUGCAAAAAGAAGUGGUGGCUCUCAUUUAAGUUUUUAAAAUAUUAGUUUUAUCUUAACAGAUUACUGAUUAUACAGAAGGGGGUAUAAUUUGUUGGAAGAAAUACCAAAUACAUUCUGUUCUUCCAAAAAUUUGAGCAUUAAAAGAAAACAGUACUCUAUUAAAAGUUACCAUAUGAUUUUAAAUUGUGUGAUCUAGACUUGCCUUAGGUAACUGCAAAAUAGAAAAUCAAAGGAUUAAUGAGCUUAUUAGUCAUGUAAACGUACAAAUUCCUAAUUUUAUUGCAGUGUACAUAUAUGAAAAUAAAUAAUGAAAACAACUAUAAUAUUUUUAAAAAUAGGCUUUUGUUUAUAUUUCACAAAAUGUGAAAUUCUACUCGUUAGUAGGCAAAACCCCUCAGUGUGUACAUUUAAUUCCCUAAAAUAAUUUUAUACCAACAAAACAAAAUAUCUUUUCCGGUUUGGGAGCCUCUACAUUUCCUAGUUUUCUCACUCUCCAUUUUGUCCAUCUCGGAAGUCUUCAUAUCCCUUGUAUGCGGGGUUUCUGUAUAGUUUUAAGUACUUUCAUUGACUAAGGAUUUGGGUGUGUCAGCUUUUUUUUGUUUUAAAAAUAUUUAACACUAAAACCUUAAAAUAGUGAAGCUACUUAUCAGACCACUGAGCCAAGAUCCUGGUAUUAAAAGAAUGUCUGGGUGCUUAAGAUAAAGGGACAGAGUAUUGGUAUCCCAGUUAUUUGGGAGCUUUAAGAUUGGAACAAGAUGUUACUGUCUUGUUUUCUCUUAGAUCCUACUUACAGAGUGAAGUCUAUUAACAGAAUAAAGCCUUCCUUUAAAGCUUUAUAAUAAUAAUCAUAUUUAUUAAUGCUGCUGUGCAUACCUACAGUAUGCAUAUAUUCAGCAUGUGCAUGUUCUUCAGAAUUACAUAAAUGAAAUCCUUUUCAUUGCAAUGUGCAAGUGACAAAAGAUCCUUAGUAGCUCUGAUGGAAGAAAUAAUAUUUCUUCUUCUCUGUGUGUGUCUCUCUGCCCCAGCCCCUCCCUGUGUCCUAGGCUUUAAAAGUGAGGAUGUGUGAAACAUAUCUGUAGGAAGCAUCAGCAUGGCCAUAAGUGCAAUGUUUUUCAUAUAUACCCUUGCCCAUUCAAGUAUAUUUUUUGACAUGAAGAAAUCUAAGAGUAUACAGAAGAAUUCAUGUAAGAGCCCUUUGUGUACAUGUGAAAAAGCAUUUCUAUAUAAAUGUGAGGAACAUUGGCCAUCAGCCAGGGAAAGAAAGGUCAUGUAAGAUUGCAAAUUUCCAUAACAGAGCCCUGCAAGAAAACUGCAAUCAUACCAAAAAUUAUUUGAUUAAAUGGGUUUUUAAAGUAAUUUUUGUUUAAAAGAGUUUAUAUUUCAAAAGCAGAAAUGUCAGAUGGUAGUUUAUGUAAAAAGGUGGUGCAUCAUUAUGCACAUCUAUGUUUUACAUCAGAGAGUGGCAUGGUCAUGCUAAAAUUAGAGAUACUUUUUGAAUGACUUGGUCAAAUUGUGUGUAAAAUAUUUAACCCAUAAUUCAAAUACAGUAUACUAUGUUUAAUAAAGUUAUCACAUUUAAUGCAUUUAUUGCAUAUAUGAAUAUAUACAUUAAAAGGCUUUAUGUCUUCUGAUAUUUGAUUUUUGAAUGUGUUUUUAAGUCAGUGGUGCCUUUAGGCAAGAACCUUCAUAAAUUAAUCAUUCUUUGUUUGGGUUUUCUGAUUUUUCAGUUAACAUGUAAACUAUUUAGAAAACAUCAUAGUUUAUUCACCUAUAAAAUUGAUUGUAUAAUUUAAAUAUACCACUUAGAUGAGCAUUUCCUAUAACUAGGGUGUUCUGAAUAAUUGCUGAAAACAGUUGUGCCAUUGACCAAUGGAUGCACUUGAUUAGCCUUAAUUUUUUUCAAAGAAAAACAUUAAAAACUUUCUUGAAUAUUUCAGUUCACUCAUUUUAAGUUUGUGCUUCUGGGUGUUUGGAAAAAAAUCAGUUAAGUGCUAUCAGAAAGUGUACCAGUUUUUUAAAAAUUAAGAACAAUAUAAAUAUCACAACCUAAAAUUUUAGUUUUGUGCAAUAUUUUUGUUUAAUGCAUGUGUAUUUGAGUAAUUGUAAAAAAAAAAAAUAAAUGAAUUUUUAAUGUUUUGAGAUGUAGUUUAAACUGUCUUCUUAACCCAACAAUUUACAUUCCGUUGUUGCUGCAUCCUUUUAUUUAAGGACUUGUUUUAAAAGUCUUUUUGUCACACCUUCCAAAAUUCGCUUAUUAGUAGUAAAUUUUGCUUAUAGGAGCAUGGCUCCUGUAUUACAAGGGAAAAAUAUAAAGAGCACAUUUUAGGAUUAUAAUUAUUAAAAGAUAACUUGUUCAUAUCAUUGUACAGUAAGUGUCAACUGUGUGCCUAACUGUUCUAUCAAUGUUUUCCUUAAAGAGGAAACAACAAUCAGAAUGUCAAUUAUUUUUAUUGAACUAAAAAGAAUAAACAUUUUAUUUGGUUUGUGUUAUGUUCUGUCCAUUAGAAAAUACUAAUAAAGUAUUAACAAACAUU